CACUGAUCAGCGAUACCAGAAGUUGUCCCUUGAAUCAAUGAGUAUAGAGAUGAUAGCCUAGUCCAUUACUUCCGUCCUACAUGUAACGCGGACUAUACCACAGAAAGAUUACAACUUGUCUCUACGUGUUACAGCUGUGUCUGAAGCAACAUAUAUAUAAAUAUAUGUCUAUAUGUCAUUCUUACGUGAUUAUUACACCAUUUCUCAAACCCAGGCAGACAUUUCCGGGAAGUUCAAGUUAUAUGGAAGUUAUAAAUAGGUCGCAUUACAUGUCAGCGACGUAUUGAUUUGACUGCAGUGUUACACAUGUAUAAAUAUCGACAUGCUUACGGAAAAACCAAGAAGAGGUAACUUUCGUUUUAAGCAUAUAAAACAGGGCAGCACCCAUCUGUAAGUCAUCUCCUAAUAUUCAGGUCGCUAGGAAUCCUAUUUUAUUCAUACGAACACGAAAAACCCCCACAAAGAAUCCUUUUCAUCUUGAAAAUGGAUAUCAACUGGAUGUUUGGACUGGAUGAUUUAACUAUAGUCAUCGCUAUUUUACUUAUUAGUUUACUGGUCAUUCGAUCAUUGCAAUCUCCGCUCCCUCCUGGUCCAACUGGCUACCCAAUAGUAGGGAGCAUGCCUAUGAUGCGGAAAGGAAACGUGUUGGAGACGUUCAGAAGAUUGCGAGUAAAAUAUGGAGACGUGUACAGUGUGCAGCUUGGAUCGACCUUUACUGUCGUCAUUAAUGGAGUAGAUGCGCUCAAUGAAGCUUUUGUAAAAAAUGCGGAUCAAUUUUCGGACAGACCAGAUAAUUUUGCUGUGCCGCAUACUUUACGUGGAAAAGGUAUUGGAGCGUCGUCAGGUGAACAUUGGAAACAAACACGAACCUUCUCCCUGAUGACACUUCGAGGUUUCGGAUUCGGUAGAACAAUCCUGGAAACAAAAGUCAAGGAAGAGGUAACGGCUUACUUGGACGUCAUUGAGGAACAAAAGGGGCGACCAUACGACGCUAAAGAACUUACUCGCAUUGCCGUCUCCAAUAUAAUAUGCAGUAUUGCUUUUGGAAACAGAUACGAUUACAAUGAUGAAAAAUUCAAACACCUGACUGCUCUGCUGAAUGAGAACUUCCGGUUAAAUUCCGUUGCCGGGGCGAUACGACAGUUGCCUUGGUUACGGUUCUUACCUGGAGAUGUGUUCAGCAUCAAGAAGUUCCAAAGGAAUGGUGAUCAGAUAAAGGAGUUUGCGAACGAUCAAAUAGCUGACCAUCGAGAAUCACUUGACGAAAACAAUCCCCGUGACUUUAUCGACGCAUUUAUCCAACAGCAAAGAAAACAUGGCCAGGAUCACCCUAUUUUUGAAGACAACAACUUGGCAGCUGCCAUUAAGGAUUUAUUUUCGGCUGGAACAGAAACAACAUCUGCGAUGAUCCGGUGGUCAAUUCUUUACCUUCUCCACAACAAACCUGUCCAAGACAAACUACGACAGGAGAUAGAAACAGUGAUCGGAACGUCCAGACUGCCGUCCCUCGCCGACAAACCCAACAUGCCCUAUUACGAAGCGUUCAUUAUGGAAGUUCUUAGAAUGGGUAAUAUCGCUCCGCUCUCGGUGGGCCAUGGAGCCAGGACGGAUAUAUGGUUCCGAGGAAUGGUGAUCCCAAAAGGGUCGGUGAUCAUCCCUAAUCUCGACUCCGUUAUGAGUGAUCCGUGUCUAUUUGAGGAGCCUCAGAAGUUCAACCCAGAGAGAUUUCUUGGAAAAGACGGAAAUGUGACAGGCAGAAAAACAAUGGCCAUUGCUUUCUCGCUGGGACGACGAAUGUGUCUUGGGCAAUCCCUGGCGAAGAUCGAGAUGUUUCUGUUUAUAACAGCGCUGGUACAGAGAUUUGAGUUUUUACCGGAAAACUCGGAAAAUUUGCCAUCACUCGAAGGCAUCGUGGGCUUAUCGAGGACUCCGUCAGCUUAUAGAUUCCGUGCAGUGAAACGCUACUGAAGUAGGAGCCGGUUGAUGGAGUCGGAUAAGGUUUCAGGCUGCUUUCAGAAAAAAAUCAUAUAUCAUUGUGUAUGUACAGAGUACUGCUCAUAUUUCCUUUAUUUCUAUGACAUAAAUAUCUGUCGUUCAUAGAUAUCACAAAUAUAAUCAGAAUCGUUCAUUAACUCAGGUUUAUCUCCAUUCGUUAAAUGUAUAAAGGGUUCCGCUAUUUUUUGCUGGCAUAAGAUUUUUUUUCAUGUCAAGGUAUUCAUCCAACGUAUGUUUUCUAACUCUUUGUAAAUAAAGCAAGAAAGGGGCAUAGAACUGAAGGUUAUAUAGGUACAAAUUCUUGUGGUAAUUUUUAAAUACUAUAAUUUUAACAAUUAUCAUUAAUUCAACACUAUCCAACGUGUUAUCAUAUAGCGCCCUGGCAAAAAAAAAAAAAAAAAAAGAUAACCGAUUAUUCCAUACUUUUUGAAAUAAGCACAUAUCAUACCUAAUGCUGCCUUGCCUUGUAAUGACUCGGAUAGACACCUAACAAUGUUCAGAACUUCCAUCACCAUAAGGGGGCGUAAUAUUUGCUUCAUCUUACAUAAAUAUAUCAAGACCGUAUAAAUAUGUUGUGUAAACAUUAUUUAUUAUCGAAUAGGGAUUAAUGAUAAUGUAUAGUGUAAACAAAUAUUUCUCAUUUUCAUUUCGCGUUGAGAAGUCUUCAUAUUAUUGCAUGAUAUAUUCAUAGAUUUUGUAAAUUAAUACGCCCCAUUAUUAUUAUUAUUUAUUUACAAACUGUUUUCUUGGUAAUACAUUUUCUCUCAUUUUUUUCACAAUCAAUUCUAUCUGCGUGUAUGUGUGUAAAUGUAUAAGGGAGCUAACUUGUACAAAACAUCAGUAUGCCUCACACAGAGCUCGUCAACAUUAUUAAUAAUGAUGUCUUGUAUAGAUCAUGUAUUAUCAGUUUAAUCAUGACUUUAUUUACAAAUAAUACAAUCAGUUUUGUUUGCAAAAUUCUGUGAUAUUCACUAUUGCUACUGUGAUUUUAAAUAACUGUGAUUUACUUUACAACACUGACUUUCAUUUUCUGAUUUGUCUUUUUGACAAUUUAAAAAGAAUGCCUACUCAAAUGAAUUAUUUGGGGAAAAUUCUGAAUAUUUUCCUGACAGUAAAAUUUUAGAAAAGAUAAAAUAAUAAACGUUGAUUAAUUGCGUGCUUUUUGACUGCGCAGAGGAAUGCAGAUGCUAAUUUGGUCCAUAAGUAAUAACAGCCUAAUUGGUAGUUAUAGUCUUUAUUAUAAAACCAUAACCAAAUUACCAAAGUUUUGGAUGAAAAACGUAAAUUUAGACUAAUCAAUUAACCUUUGAUAAGUGAUGUUGUUUCACUUAGUUAGAGGUAAGUAAGCGAAUGUGUUACAUGUAUGUUAAGACCUAUGCAAAUUGGUAGUGUGGUAAACAUAUCUGAUGGUGUUGAUUUCCGUAAAUUCAUUCUUGUCAAUUCAAAUUAUUUCACAUUGAUUGGUUCGUAAUCAUACAUUGUAGCUAUCAUCAACAUGUGUUACCUUACAUCACCUUAUUUGAUUGAUUGACUUGGUAAUAAUCGUAUAUAACACAAUUCACACUCCAAUAUUUCAAAACAUCGUCUGUUUCUUCUCCUUUCGUUGUAAUCCAACAAAACUGUUGAGAUAAAUACGAGUUACACCAUGGAACAAAUCUCUCACUUGUAGAUGUGAUACCUCUGUUUGCGGAAUACUGAAUCAGUCACAUUGAUCAAUAACCCGUUCGAAUAUGACAAAGAGUAGGUAUUGAUAGUAUUUAUUAAUUUUUUACAAAUGAAAUAUCUUCAACUUAACAAAAGUUGUAUUAUUUUCUUAUCCACCUUCCGGACACCUUGUGUUUUUCAAAACCACUUUUUUUGUUACAGAAAACCAUUAUUGCAAUAUGUACUUAAAUGUUUCUAUUAAAUACACGCCAGUGCUAUUAGUUUGGGAGGAAGAUUUUGAUAUUGUUCCUGUACAGUAUUAUCUUGUUACCUAUAUGGGACUACAUAUCAACACGGUAAAUUUGAUAUAAUUAAUUGGUUUUAUAGUUUGUUUCUCGAAUGCAAAACACAAGCAGUGGUAUGUUGUCAAUGAUUAAUAGCCUUAUUCUUGUCCUUUGUAAACAAAUAAUUUGCACAAAAGAACGAUACUAUGAAACACAAUGACCAUUUUCUAGAACAAAGCUUGUUUCCCAAUGACUCAAAAAAUCAACAAUCUAUCGGUUAUCCUUCUUUACGUAGUGUACAAUCCAUGAUACACCAAUAGUUUUAACAAGAGCAUACUCCGGGAGUGACAAUGAAUGGCAUGUAUAACCAAAUAUCUCAUUCUAAACAACAGGAUUUGUGUGAGUUACAAUAAAUGUAAAUAUAUCUUCAAAAGUAAGGACUUUACUUGAAUUUUCUGUUAGUAUUUGAUUAAUGAUAUUCAAUUUUCAUUUUUUGUUUUGUUGAUAUUUUCGUUGUUAAUUUUACUAACUCAAUCACGAAGUUGAUAUAAAUAUCACUUCUUGAGGUCAAUUUAACUUUCUUUGGACAAGAUAAAUGCAAUUAUUUAUCUUUCAGAUAUAACGGAUAUAAGUACGUGUCUACACUUAUCUAAAAUGUGUAUAGUAAUCAGCAUUGUUAUGCCAUUAUUGUUUUGUAAUCAUUUAGUUAAUGUUUGUCUUAUUUUUAUUGUCAUUUUAUUUGUUUAAAUCCUUUAUACAUCAUUUUCAUUAUGUGAUCAUAUAUUGAGAUUUGGUAAUGAUUUGAUUUCAUUGUAUUUUCAUUUACAUUUCAUGAUCUGGUGUUUAUAUUAUUUUCAUUGUUCUCUUCAUUUACAUUCGAUGAUAUUUUGUUUUCAUUAUUUUCAUAUUUUUUUCAUUUACAUUUGAUGAUAUUGUGUUUUCAUUUAUUUUCAUUUUGUGAUCAUUUGUUGAGAUUUUGUUAUCGUUUUGUGAUUUUUAUAAUAUUUACAUUCUAUUAUUUCAUCAUCAUCAUCCUCAUUAUCAUCAUCAUCAUCAAAAAAUACUGAUGUGUCAUACCUACUUUCCUUUGGCUAAUUGAUUAAAAAUUAUAGCAAGCUUUAAAAACAGGUACGAACACACUGGGAAGAAGUUCUGUCAUGGUAUGACGUCCUUCUAGAUGGAAGUGACUGACUACAGAGCUGCUAAGUUACCCGUAGUAAACACGUUUGAUUAUACUAUUGAACAUACAAUAAUAGUGUAGUCGAAUCCCCAACCUACUGGUCAGUACCGAUGCAGAAAUUGCGAAAGGUUGUCUUGCUUCUCCAUUACGAAUAAAUCGUCGAAAAUGA